AUGAAAAAGCUCUCUAAUGAAGCAGACAUACAGCUUGCUCUCCAGGCUAUCCAACAAGACGCGACGCUCUCUCAGCGACGCGCUGCAGCAAUCUACAACAUCUCUCAAAGCACGCUUAGUGACCAACUUGCUAGAGCCACCCCACGCUGCGACUACACACCUAAUACUAUAAAUCUUACAAAGAAUGAAGAGGAGCUUGCUAAUGUAGAGGAUAUGGCCAAUUCUCUGUUUGCUGAGCGCCACCAGCCCUACAUUGGCAAGAACUAG